AUGCGUCUUACAACCAUUUCGCUGGCCCUUCAGUCCAUCGGCCUCAUUAGCGCCAGAGCAAUCAGCCACCCCGGCCUUCGUGUAGAGACCUUCAUAAACCAUGGCUCUUCCUUCGACAUGGUCUCCUCAUUGAUCAUCGGCUCUCAAGCCGCUGUCCUGAUCGACCUGCCCAUGGCAAUCGAAGGAGCAGAAGCCCUGGCCGAUUGGGUCCGCAACACUACCGACAAGCCACUUGUCGCUGCUUUCACCACUCACUUUCAUCCUGAUCACUACCUCAGUGGUGGUGCGCUGUUGACGCGAUUUCCCGAGGCCAAGUACUAUGCCAAUUCCAAGGCCGCGGCUGAGAUCAAGAAGGAAGCAGCUCACAAGGUCAAGCUGAUGAAGGAUGUUCUUGGUGAAAAGUCAAUUGUCAACAAGGUUCAUCUUCCUACGCCAUACGACUUUUCAUUCUUCACCCUGCCCGGCGACGAAGCCACGCCAAUCCAUUUCUUGAACCCUCUCACAGGCGACACCGUCGACGAAACACUCUUCUGGAUCCCAUCUAUCAAGACCUUAAUCGCUGGUGACUCCGUGUACGGUCAUGACAUGCAUCUUUGGCUCGCAGACUCUUUAACCAAGGCCCUCACCGAAUCUUGGCUCUCAACCCUCGAUUUGAUCGAGUACCUCAAGCCAAAUGUCGUCAUUCCCGGACACAGCCUGUCCAACAAGAAGUUUGGCUGCUCAAUUGAUGUUGAUCAUACACGCACUUAUCUGAAGUAUUGGCAGAAGGAGAUUGAGGCCAAGGGUCUCGAUCACUUCACCCCUCAGGUCAUCUUUGAUAAGUUCAACAAGCAGUUUCCUGGCCUGCUCAACUUGAACUCUUCUACCUCGGCUUUCCUGCUGAACAGCACGGCUGAGCAGUUUGGUCGUGGUGGAACGCGACAGGUUCACUACAUCAACCUCGCUGCUUAUACCGAUGUCGCGGCUCUUGAUGGGUGGACUAUUUAA